AUCAUUUCUCCCACUCCUCCCACGUCUCAUGGUUUUUCUCCUGAGCAAUAACCUCCCUCAAUAGGGGAGAACAAACCUUCGAGAUCACUUUUUCACUCAUGACUUACUACGAGGCUGUUUGACGAGGAUGGUGAGAUCAGUAUAAGAUUGACCCUUGUCAGAUAUGGUCAUCUUUUGGUGGCUGUGAUGUCCUGAGUGAAACAAACAGUUAUCUGUAGCCCAGAACCUCCACUACUACACAAUCACUUCAAAAAUACAGUAUAUGAGCAGUCUUUCCAGAGCAAACACUUACCUGAAUGGAGCAACUAGAAAGGUUAUACCAUGGUCUACCUUCCAAUCGCCUCCGGUUUCGUUGGCAUCACAUCUCUCCCUCCAAACUGGCCUUCCUACUGUUUCAAUUUCAAAUCAUGGCUGACCUGAUUCAGGCCAAGUCCACCCUAAUGACCGCCAGCUCACCAUCCCGGUUUCGCCUGGAUGGUUAUGGGGACCAUGGAGGAGCACAACCCACGAUGGGCACAUUUACCGCCACCCUUAAGCGAGACUCUCCUAGUACCACGGAAGGUCGUGCUGAUGCCUUACAGUUGGAAAAUCUAAGACAUACACUGGGCCAGCCCCACAAACGAGAUUAUGAGGCCUUGGAGUGUCGCGGAAUGUACGACCACGGGAUCUUCACCAAAUUGAACAGAAUUUGUGAUGAUUGCUACAACUUGUACAAAGACGUCGAAGUUCACCACUACUGCAGAUCUGACUGCUUCAGCACCUCCACUUUCCGUCAGUGUCUCCAAUCUCUGCUACUUGAUCAAGAGUCAGAUGUGUAUUUAGAGCUCGUCGAAAUCAUUGGCAAGAAGCGGAAGAAGCGAUAGUGUUGUCCGAACGGUGUGAACCACUUUCUUCUGAACACCCCUGCUGACCUCGGAGGACUAUUUGUCAGACACCAAACCAUUCGUGAUCAAGACAAAAACAUUCUCAACUCGUCCAAAGGCAUGAUGUACGCCUUUAUAUAGCUCUUCGUCUAUUUUGAAGGCUUCCUUUUCAAAACCUUCAGGGAAACACCCUUUAUCAAAGUUCAUCAAGACAUCAGGACAGCCUAGGGUACUCUGGCGAAUUUUAAAGUGUGUCUGUUUUUAUACCAGUCAUAGUAAUUUACUCCAAGCCUUGUAGCUGUUUGUAACGAGAUAAGCCAUGAUGAAGAAAUGCUCUAUUCAAAAUAUAUUUUGUGUUGAAAUAAACCGGUUUUUGAUGUA